AUGAGUAAAAAGCCAAUUUCAUUCGGAAAAAUUAGUUUUGCAAUCAACACAUUGGGACAGAAUAAUGUUGAGAAGGAUAGCAAUUCAGGCUUCGGAACGUUCGGUCGCACGCCGAUUAUGGAGCAAAAGGAUAUCGAGGAUAUUUCCGAAGACCUAGAGAGUCAAAACUUGCAUCAAGUAAUGGGUAUUAAAAAUUUUGGUAAAAAAGCAAAAAGCUUCAAUAUUGAUGAGAUGGUAGAACAGGCGCGCUUAACCGCUCAACAAAACAAAAAGAAAGUAGAAGCCGAAAAUGAAAGUAAAGAAAAGGAUAUGGCAGGUAGUAAAGUUUUAGGGCCAGUUAAUGUGUCUACAAGCAAUGAUGAUCAAGAUGAUGAGGACGAUGAACUUAUCGGUCCUCCCAUACCAGCGAAUAUGUUACCGAAUCUAGACACUAAAGAAGACAAAAACGUUGAAACAAAACAUGGUGACAACAGUGAUGAGAAGAAUCAACACAGUGAUGACAGCUACGACGACCUCAGCGGCUCGGAUGAUGAAGAGUUAUCAAUAGAGAAACGGAUACCAAAUACACAUGAGGUAGAAAUGCAACAUGGAAGUAAGGCAGUAGUAGCGGUGGCGGUGGACCCUUCAGGAGCUCGACUGGCUACUGGCUCAGUUGAUUAUGAAGUUUCAUUUUGGGAUUUUGCUGGUAUGGACACGUCGAUGCGUUCGUUCCGCACGCUCCAGCCGUGUGAGAACCAUCCCAUCAAGGCCCUGCAGUACUCGGCCACCGGGGACUCCAUACUAGUGGUGAGCGGCUCCGCACAGGCCAAGGUGUUGGACCGGGACGGGUUCGAGGUGCUGGAGUGUGUUAAGGGAGACCAGUACAUUACAGACAUGGCCAGGACCAAGGGUCACACGGCGUCGUUGAACAGCGGCUGCUGGCACCCGACCGUCCGCGAAGAGUUCAUGACCUGCUCCCAGGACGGGACCCUGCGGCUGUGGCUCACCGACAACAGCAAGCAACACAAGGACGUGAUCAAGCCGCGGCAGAGAGGAGGACUCAAGACGAACCCCACCACGUGCGGCUUCACCAGGGACGGGAACACUGUGGCGUGCGGCUGCUACGACGGAUCUAUACAGACGUGGGACCACCGGAGGAGCUUCGUCAACACCUCCAUGAUCCUGAGAGACGCCCACACCGCGCGCACAGAGAUCACCUGUAUCGCCUUCUCCUACCUCGGCUCCUACCUGGCCAGCCGCGCCAACGACCACACGCUCAAGAUAUGGGACCUGAGGAACCACCGCCAGCCGCUGAACGUGUUCCGAGAUCUGUUCUCGAGGUACGACCAGACAGACUGCGGCUUCAGUCCCGACGACUCUAUGGUGUUCACGGGAGUGUCGCUCCAGAACAACCGGGACACCGGCAGACUCAUAUUCUUUAAUUCCAAAACGUUCGAGACAGUCACGGAGGUCCCAGUGGCCGCGUCUCACGUCAUCAAGGCCGUGUGGCACGCGAAGCUCAAUCAGAUAUUCGUGGGCUGCGGUAACGGGAGCGUGAAGUGUUACUACGACAACAAGCGGAGUCUGCGAGGAGCCAAGCUGUGUAUCGUGAAGACGCACAGGAAGAAACAGAUGGUGGAGGUGGUCAGCUCGCAACAGAUCAUAACGCCGCACGCGCUGCCGCUGUUCAGACAGGAGAAGUUGAGGACGAGCAAGAAGAAGAUGGAGAAGGAGAGGCUGGACCCCGUCAAGUCGAGGAGACCCGACCUGCCCAUCACCUCCGGACAGGGCGGGCGGGUGGCCGCGUCCGGCAGCACGCUGAGCUCGUUCGUGAUCAGGAACCUGGGGCUGAGCAAGAGAGUGGACGACGACCAGGACCCGCGGGAGGCCAUACUGAAGUACGCCAGGGAGGCCGAAGAGAACCCCUUCUGGGUCGCGCCCGCCUAUAAGAAGACACAGCCCACACCCAUCUUCAUGAACGACGAGGACGGACCCGGCGACGCCAAGAAGACUAAAACUGAUACUUGA